AUAUCUAUAUUUUUAUAUAUAUUACUAAAGCGAGUAAGGUUUUCACCCAAUUUUUUUGUUUGGUACGUUAGUUUGGUUCGCCUGUGUUUAGGGGUGGUAAAGGGCCUUGCAAUUUGGCCUAGAGAAUCUAAGAGCCGGGCUUUAAAAGGAUCGGGCUCUAAUUCUAUAUAAUUUUGAGCUAAAAUAUCUAAUGGUUAUGGUGGGCUGUGAAGAGGUCAUUAGGGCCAUGACCCAUUACCACCCUUACAUGUGUUAUUGACAGGUGGGCUUUAGUCUAUCCCGUAUGUGAGUCGGACCAACUCCCUUCGUCCACGACUCGAUCACAUAGAUGCCUCAAAUUAACACACGGGCACCAAUACGUAUCCGGUACUUAUACCAAUUUUGUGUGUAGCAAGGCACGGGCAUAAAUUGCCUAGUCAAUAGAAAAACAAUCAUCCAUCAGUAUUAUUCGUUAAUUUUUUUUUAGCAAUUAAAAUCUCGCGUCGCGAGCGCACCCUCUCCCUCCACGGCUGCCACUCCGACUCGCCACAUCCUAGCUGAGCUGGCGCAGCGGCGCGCACGAGGGCGCAGCCCCCCUCGCCUCCUGCAUGGAUCUAGGCACCGCCUGCCGGCAAUCGGCUUCGUCCCGUUUAUCCCUUGCUCGGGAGUUUGCUCCGAUCCAGGCAUCAGUCUUGGAAGAUUUCGACGGAAGAGAAGAAACACGGCCCACAAAAGGAUCUGCAGAUGAAGAUCGAUCAUCGUCGCGGUACCUUGCCUGCAGGACAUUGGACAACUAUGCCGGCCUGUACGAUCGAAUCGGCCUGCAUUGCUUGUUCGCCCAAAUUCUUCCAGCGAUUCGUUUGAAUCCACGUGGUAAUUGAUGCAUGAUUGCUAUUCCUAUUUGGUUUCUUUUUUUCCAAGAAUGGUGGACGAGAGCACCAGGAUAACCCGUCCCGGGGAGGCGGCCGGAGAAGGUUCCUCCAGGCGGCUAGCGAAGCCGUCGACGGCUGCGGCGGGCUGCUGCGGGAGCAGUCGAAUGUGGCCGUCCCCCUGCAGUACUACAGAGGAGCCGGGUGGCCGGCUCGUCGGUCCCCCGCGGCGAACGGAGCCGAGCACAGCGGACGUGGGAGACUGCGCAGCGCGGGCGUCCACGCGGCAGGAAUCGAGAGCCGGUAUGCACGGGCGCCGCUGGUGGUCCGCUACCUUGCGCCGCGCCGGCCCCCGUCCCCGCCGUCCGCGGCCGCCCCAGCAGCGUGCGGGCGUGGAGGGAGCUCCGGGAGAGAUAGAGAGGUCGGAAACAGAGAGAAAGAGAGGAGGUUGGAGAGAGGGAGCUCGGGGAGGACGAGAGCUCCGCGCCGGCCAAAAGCAAAAUGCUGUGCGGAGGUAGAGGAGCAAGACAAGGUGGAGACCGGAGAGGAGAGUCGGACACGAACCAGCAUCGCCCAAACAUCGCGAUCUGACGUGGCCCAAUGACGCGUCGCGUAGCCUUAUCCUCUGAUCCAAACUCCAUCCGCCUGCCGCCCAGCCCAGCCGACGCCGACCCCACCGUGGCACCGCCCCCCUCCUCUCGUUAACACUCGUAGCGCCCGGCGCAUCCACAGCUAGCUCUUCCAGAGGAGACCGGGAGUCGCAGGAGGCCAGGACCAGGAGCAGCAGCGAGCCAUGGCGUCCACCACCUGCUUCCUCCACCAGUCCUCCGCCCGCUUCGGCGCCGCCGCGUCGGCGCGCCCCCAGCAGGCGCCGCGGGCCCAGCAGCUCGCGUGCAGGGCGCAGAAGCUGGACGCCGCCGAGGGCGACGCCGCGGUCACCCGCCGCGCCGCGCUCACGCUCCUCGCGGGCGCCGCCGCCGUCGGCGCCAAGGUGAACCCCGCCGCCGCUGCCUACGGAGAAGCAGCCAACGUGUUCGGGAAGCCCAAGACGAACACGGACUUCAUGGCCUACAGCGGCGACGGCUUCAAGCUGUUGAUCCCGUCCAAGUGGAACCCCAGCAAGGAGCGCGAGUUCCCCGGCCAGGUGCUCCGCUACGAGGACAACUUCGACGCCAACAGCAACGUCUCCGUCAUCGUCCAGCCCACCACCAAGAAGACCAUCACCGACUACGGCUCGCCCGAGGAGUUCCUCGCCCAGGUCGACUACCUCCUCGGCAAGCAGGCCUACGCCGGCAAGACGGACUCCGAGGGCGGGUUCGAGACCGACGCGGUGGCCACGGCCAACAUCCUCGAGAGCUCGGCGCCGGUGGUGGACGGGAAGCAGUACUACAGCGUGUCCGUGCUGACCAGGACGGCCGACGGCGACGAGGGCGGCAAGCACCAGCUCAUCACGGCCACCGUCUCGGACGGCAAGCUCUACAUCUGCAAGGCGCAGGCCGGCGACAAGAGGUGGUUCAAGGGAGCCAGGAAGGGCGUCGAGAAGGCAGCCAGCUCCUUCAGCGUCGCAUGAGCACGCACCAUCUGUGUGUCGGCCGGAAUUUGUUUCUUUUGGUUCAUUCAGGAAUAUGCUUACGUAGAUACAGAGGCUGGGCAUGCCUCUGAUUGUACAUGAGAACAAAGACCAAGGAGAGCUCCAUUUCGUCCCUGCAAGGAUUGAUUUCUGAUCUCAUCCACGAUGUUUAAGAACUCCUAGUACUAAUAAUGCUUCGUUUUUUUGUA